CGUCCGCCGCCCGCCCGGCGCCUUCCCCGCGCUUCUUACCUUCGCUCUCCGGCCCUCCGGCCGCUUUUCUCCCUCCCCUCGGUCCCGCCCCGUCCAGCCCGGGCUCCCCGGCUCCCGCAGGCCCCCCCCGCCGCCCGCGUUCCUAUGGACAGACGCACAGACACCUGCAGAUUCAUAUGUUGAAGUCUGAAACCAAACCCCAGCACAUCAGAAUGUCAGUGUAUUUGGAGGAAGGACUUUUGAAGAGGUUAUUAAGUUAAAACAAGGUUGUUAGGGUAGCCCUAAUCCAAUCUGCUGUCCUUGUAAGAAGAGGAAGUUUGGACGAAAGAAGAGACACCAGAGAUGUGUACAGAGGAAAGACUACGUGAGGACAAGGAAGGACACUGCUGAUCCUGUAACAUGGAGGAUUGCCUUCAUACUUCAUCUGAGAAUCUGUCCAAAUUGGUCAGCUGGGCCCACAGCCAUGGGACCAUUUGCAGCCUCAUUCCAAACCUGAAACACUUGCUUUCGGAAGGUUCCCAUGGGAACCUCACAGCAAUGUGGGGCUGUAGUGCUGGCCAUGCUUAUCACUGGCCGCUGACAGCUACUUGCAGAGCUGGGUCCCAAGAAAGGGUCUGUUUCCAGGAUAACAGAAGUUUUAACUCUGAUAGUCCCAGUAUAAUUGGAGUACCCUCUGAGACACAAACUAGCCCUGUUGAAAGGUACCCUGGGAGACCUGUGAAAGCGAAGCUAGACUGUAAUCGGACCAGAGACUCUUGUGACUUCUCUUAUUGCAGUGAACCCUCUGAACUGGAUGAAGCUGUAGAAGAAUAUGAAGAUGAAAACACCCUGUUUGACAUGGUUUGUGAGUCUUCUGUUACAGACGAGGAUAGUGACUUUGAACCCCAAACCCAAAGGCCUCAAAGCAUUGCUCGAAAAAGGCCUGGAAUAGUCCCAUCUUCUCUCCAUUCCAGCUCUCAAGCUCAAAUGGUUGAUGAAUGCAGCAAUGAUGUCAUCAUUAAGAAAAUCAAACAAGAGAUUCCUGAAGAUUAUUACAUUGUGGCGAAUGCAGAGCUGACUGGAGGGGUAGAUGGACCAGCCCUUUCAUUGACACAGAUGGCAAAACCCAAGCCUCAGACUCAUGCUGGUCCCUCCUGCAUAGGGUCUGCUAAGCUGAUUCCCCAUGUGACAUCUGCCAUUGGCACAGAGCUAGACCCACAUGGUGUGUCUGCAUCCCCCUCUGUCAUGUCCAGACCAAUCGUCCAGAAGACUGCCAGGGUAUCUCUGGCUUCACCAAACAGAGGACCCCCUGGUGCCCAUGGUACCAGCCAGCAGGUGGCCAUGCAGAUGCCUGUGAGCACAUCCCAUCCUAACAAACAGAUCAGCAUCCCUUUGUCUGCACUGCAGCUGCCUGGACAGGAUGACCAAGUUGCUUCUGAAGAGUUCCUGCCCCAUCUGCCCAGCCAGGUUUCCUCCUGUGAGGUAGCUCUUUCUCCCUCAGUUAACACAGAGCCAGAAGUGAGUUCCAGUCAGCAGCAGCCCCCAGUCGCUCCAACCAUAACCACUGAGGCCACAGCACAGUGCAUACCAGACCAGGAUGAAAGAGCAGCUGAGCUCAGCAGGGAGCAGAAUGAGAAAACCAUCCGGAGCACGCAGACCGCGCUCCGCAAUUUCCGAGAGUUCCUCAUCUCCAAGUAUCCUUCUGAAACAAGAGAGAUUUAUGUCAUCCCUUGCAAGGAAUUGGAUGCGUACCUGGCCUCUUUCUUUGUGGAUGCCAGGCAGAAGGAUGGGUCCGAAUAUGAACCCAACAGCUUGGCCAAUUACCAGUGUGGACUUGAACGGUACCUAAAAGAACAUAGGUAUGGCUACAGUAUCACCAGGGAUAAGGAAUUCAAGCGUUCCCAAGAGGCCCUGAAACAGAAGCAGAUUGAACUCCGCUGCAAAGGAAAAGGAAAUAAGCCACACAAGUCCAUGAAGCUCACCUUUGCUGAUGAGCUCAUUCUGCGGAAAAGGGGACUACUAAGCCGCUAUAAUCCUGAGGGUCUUCUCAACCUUGUCUGGCUCAACAACACGAAAGCUUUUGGGCACUGCACAGGCUUCCAUGGAUCUACCUUGAAGUGGGGUGAUAUCCGGCUCCGGGUAACAGAAACAGGGCUGGAGUACUUAGAGUGGAUGGGUCAAGACACUGGUGACCUGAAUGCCAAAACCAAGAGAGGGGGGACAGACUCUCGUGUGUAUGCCACCCAGCAUGCUCCACAGACCUGCCCCGUACAGGACUAUAAGGAGUAUGCCCAGCGCCGGCCUCCUGCCAUGCGCUAUGAGGAUGCUCCUUUCUACCUGUCCAUCAAGCCAGUUGUGAACUUGGCAGCUCUGCAUUGGUACAACUGCCAAGCCCUUGGGAAGAACAAGCUGGCUAAGAUGGUGAAGACCAUGUGUGAGAAGGGUAACAUCCCUGGCAGAAAAACCAACUUCAGUGUGUAUCAGAGCUGUAGCACCUUGUCCGAGGCCCAGAGCAACCAGCUGGUGCUCAUCUGUAACAAUCUGAGCCAGCAGGCUGCCCAGUCGGUGGCUGGGCACUCCAACAGUGGCAAUUUCAUCGUCUCUGCUUCCUAUGACUCUUCCUCAGACACUGCUUGACCAGGUGGCUUGAGGAAGACCCCAGUUUGGUUACUGUGUCCAGAGAAACUGUGAUUAGACACUGCUUCUCAUUCCCUUUCCACCGCCCUCAGUAUUAACUUUAUAAAAAUAUAAAUAUAUAAUAUAUUUUUCUUUUUACAAAUAAGCCAAUGGAGAUAGUUUAGUAUUGCUAACAUAGUAUUUAUAGGCUUAACACAAAUGUACUUGUGGGUGAUUAAUUGUAAUUGCUGUUACAGACGACAAAACCAUAGUGGUUCUCAGGCAACACAAAGUAGAGAAGGAAUUCCGUUUUUAAAGAACUGUCAGAAAAGUAACUGAAAGAUAUCCUAGAUACUUGUGUCCUCAAUUCCUGCUUUCCUUCCCACCCCACCUCUCAUUUUAGUAAAGUUAAUAAAUGGCUUUAUUUUUUUAAUUUUUAAAAUUUUAUACUAAUCAGGAGACAAUAUUAACUCUACUGCUUACAUAUAACUGUAUCCAGUCACGUCAAAAAUAUGAAAGUGUUGAUAAAAGCUCAACAAAUUAUCUACAUACUUUUUUUAGCUGAAUUAGAAUUUUAGCUCCUGUGCCUCAUUUUUUGUAAUGUCUGAAAAUAUAGAUGUUUAACUAACAUCUUUUCUUUUGGGGGCAAUAAAGCUGCCAUUCUUUUUGGAAGAUACAUAAUUUUUAAAUAAUAUGCAAAGUCCAAUAUUGUGGCAAAAAAGACUGUUAUUAGCUCAUUUUUACUGUUGUGCUUGAACUUGGAUAGAAUGUUUUUUGUUCCCUAAGAAAUCAGUUAAAAUGAGAUGUGAUAUUCAGAUUUACAAAACUACCAAAGCUUUGAAAAUGUUCCCAAGCGUUAGAUUGUAUAUCAAACAUAAAGAGAAGGUAGAGAAUGAGAGAGUCUUAUUAAAAAUCCAGAAGCACUAGUCAAGACAACAAAAGAGCCCUACUCUUCAAAGCUCAGAUCCCCUGAAUUAUUUAUUUAUAAGCAUUAAACUUCAGUCUCUUUUCCCUAGGAGAUUACUUGACUCUGUAGUUGAGAUCAAAAGAAUAUUGACACUCAUUUUGGGUAACAACAUUUUGUUACCAGAUUUAGAUAAAUUCAAAGCAUUCUUGAAAAUGUGCAGAGUUUCUUCUACAGUAAAUAUAAAUUUAUCUGUGAUACCCUGCAAUUAUUAUAAUAAUAAUUUUGGUUAAACAGCCCUUUGUGGUGGUUUUUCCAACGUCUGUCUUUUCAUGUCUUGAAGCCUGUGGUAUAUUUUUAGUUAAGAUCCUUCAAUAACAACGUAAGUUUAGACACUAGGACGAUGAUAAAGUUGAGCUAGGUUCCUGUCCUGUAUAAUGAUUAACGCAUAAAAAACCCAAGUCUUAAUAGCUUUACUGGAUUCUAUUGGGAAGUAUUUGUUCUUCAAGGCAAACUCAUAAUUCACAUUAGCGGGAGGGUAGGUGUUAUUUUAUGUAUUAAUUUAUCAUGGACUAGGACAAAUUUCAUUUUUAUUUGCUUUGUUAAAUUAUCAUAUUAGCUGAGCUUUCCCAUGGCUAGGCAGCGUUUUCCAACACUAAGUCAUAAACACAUAAAGACCCAUUCCUCUUACGCUGUGACCUCUCCUUUGGCUCUAGAGUAGAAACUCUGCUGUGGACUUUGUGUGGUGGAAUCCACUUUACUUUGCAACUUUUCCUCCAGAGGGAGGCAUCCAGAAACAAGAAGAGAGGGUUGGAGAUAUUUUGCUUUAUUGUUUUACACUAACAAUGAUGACACGCACCAUUUUUUGAGCUGGUGUGUUUACCAGCACUGUGCAAAGUGACUUACUACAUGCAUUAUUUAGAUAAUAGUUACUAACUGUAUGAAAAUUAGAAAAUUCAGAUAAGCAUAAGAAAACAAAAUAUAUACUCCUGAAUCUGCUGGCCAAAAUAACCACUGUUAAUAUUUUGGUAAAUAUUUCUUUAGACAUUUCAAUACAUAUAUAUUUAUUUCUAUAUAUAUUAUCUUCAAUCCUUGAAAGGAUUAGUUAUCUCCAUUUUAUGUUGAGAUCAAGAGAAAUCAGUUAGCUUAUAGUUAAGGAAAUGGUAAACUGUCAUCUGACUGCGAAGUUUUUUCUGUUUAUCUUCCUUAUUUCCAGCUCCUAGUCAGUUUCCAGCGAUUUGAGCCAGAAAUGGGGACACGGUGUCUUCCCAUCUCUCAAGACUAUCUGAUUAAAAGGAAUGCUUGAGUGAUCUUUCAUGAUGGCACACUGUGCUCCCUAAUGUCCCCUCUUCUCUUCAUUUUGAACCACAAGGCCUCUUUCUCUCAAGUUCUCUUUCCUUAAUCUAUGCCUGGUUUGUAAGUGCACAGGACAGCCUACUGUAAAAGAAUUCUGUUUCUAAAAAACAAGGUUGUUUUUAAUGGGUUACCUCUCAUGUUUAAAUUUUUUUUUUUUCGGUAAAACAUUUAAAAUGUGAUUUUGUAUUUUAUUUUUGCAUUGACACAUACUUUAAAAAUUCUUAAUAUGUUUUUGAUAUGUUUUGCCCUUUGGAAGAAGGGCAGUCAGUAUGUACUGAGAAAGCUAACCUGGGAGACUUUGCAUCCCUCCGAGUGUUUAUUGAGGUACUACUAAAACGAAAGUCUCUCCUAUUUCAUCUUACCGCAUUUUCAUUCAGAAAAACACAGUUAAAUUGAGAAUGUGAGUUACUUUUUAUUUAUUUUAUUUUGCUUUGAUAACUCAAACCAAAUAGGAACAUUGUGAUCUAGAUUUAGAAAUAUUUUCUGAAGAAUGGCUUGGUAGAAGUUUAGCUGAACUGUAGUAUCUCUUUGGGUUAACAAAAUAACAAAAAACUAUCAGCAACUACCUCUAAAUUUUGUGUUUUUAUAUAAACAAUACUGAAAACAUGCUACUACCAGAUGCCAUUUUUGUUAUUUUAGCUUAAAAAAAGUUAAUAUUCAUACUGUGGCAGUGGUACAUGCCAAAUAUGGUACAUGUUCUUUAGUGAAAAUUCAGCAGUCCAGCGGGUAUUUACUACAACUGAAUGUGCUGCCUUCCCAGGCAAUCCUGUGGUUCAUACAAUAACAAUAAAACCAUAUUUACAAAGUUUACACUUUUAGGUCAGUGUAAGGUCAUGUAAAAAAGAGACAGUGCCCCUCAUAUGACUCUGGAAGUUUUGCGCUGUCCACAAAAAAUGUCAAACCCAUCUAUCAGCAUUUAGGGGAUAUACCUGCAAAAUUCAGUCUUUGUUCUACCUGAGUGACUGACUGUUGAAAACCAUGAAUGGUAGCAAUUUUUCUCUAAAAAACCAUAAUGUCUGAAAAAAUUAGCGCUAUUCAGGAUGUUUAUCCACAGAGCUUAUUCUUAAAGUUCCAGUUCUUACCAUGGGUUGUAGGGGUGGUCUGAAUAUGAUUUAUAAUAUGCCCUCUACUUAAAAUACUUGUUAUUUUUUAGAUAUUUUUCCUUGCGUUAAAUUUUCCCUGUGUUAAUUCACUUUUCCCUAUGUUAAGUUACCUCCUGAUGCGCAAAGGAACAGCCUGAAAUUUUCUAGGGUAGAUCAAGUCUCUUUGGUUUUUCAGUUGGGUCAUUGUUAACUGAAACUUCCAUCACAUUUAUCUGUCCAUAAGCCAUCUGUCAUAUGGCUUAGCUUUUAGAUGUCAUGAAAUCAAAUGACUUCACUGACAUGAGAAUUUAUAGUCCUAUCAACAAGUACUUGAACAUCUAUUGUCUAGACACUGGGAAGGGUGCAAAGAUGUGUAAAAUAGCCCCUGCCCUCAAAGAGUUUAUAAAAGAUCCUGUAAUAAAAGUGUCAUUUCAUUUUUUUGAGAGCUCACCAAAAAGUCUGCCAAUACUGUUAUGCAUCAUUUCCCAAACUUUAUACUCUUGCAGUUUGUUUAUUAUUCAGCCAUUGAAAAUGUUGGUUUGCUGUGGAAUACCUAAUACUGCUUUGAGUAUUUUGAGGAGAAUCUUCUUUAGAGCCUGUUUUAAAAUCAGCAUGAAGGCAAAGCCAUUCCUGCACCGUCCGUUGUGUUCACAUAGGUGCACACAUGGAUAAGAAGGUGUAGAUUGUCCUCAAUGACUGUCAUUUACUGGGUCCUUACAAUGCACCAGAGUACUAAGUGCUUCUAUAAGUUGUUUCACUAACUCUCACACUUACCCUGAGGGCAUGAUUAUUUCUCCUUUAUAGAUGAGGAAAUCCAGAGGAGUCUAAUGUGUUGCCCAUAUCACAGCUAAUACAUAAGAGCGUCAGGAUCUGAAACCCGAUCCAGAUACUAUGAAGUCUGUCCUUUUCUGCUGUAGCUGCUUGUUCACAAAGUGAUUUCCUUGGCUUUUGUAGACUCUCUGAAGUGAUAAAUUAUAAAUGAAAUCCCUGGUGUAAUAAAAUCAUCAAUAUUCAUUGUCUCCAGAUUGACUGCGAGCAGUGCCAUCACCUGGCAUGUUUGUUAGUACAGCAUUGUUUAGGCCUCAUUAUUUUAGUUACUUGGAGAUGGAACAUUCAGCACUUUGUUUUCCCCUGGCCAUGUGUAGAGAACAAAAGUUUAUCUCACUUUUUAAAGUACAUUUAGCUUUGUCUUGGAGAUGAGUGUGUGCAGAAGUAAUUAUACUUUUAAAAGUGGUUAUCAUUUGUUUUUAUCAAUCAGACAGGGUAAGGGGGAGUUCUAGGCAGAGGGAAUCUCUCUCUUAAGCCCAAGAGCCAAUACUGCUAUCUUAGAUGAUACUGAUUGCCAGUUUGCAGUCAAUAGGAAGAUCAAAGGGAGUUUGAUCUUGACUGCAGAUUUGGUGCCAGCAAAUUGACAAUAUUUAAUAUAGGAAUUUGUUGUUAAUAUUUUGUUUUUUUUCUUAAUCUGUUGAGAUUGUUUCUGGGGUACCUGUCUGGCUCAGAGCAUGUGACUUGAUCUCAGGGUCAUGAGUUCAAGCCCCACAUUGGGCAUAGAGCCUCCUAAACAGAUGAAUGAAUGAAUGAGUAAAUGAAUGAAUGAAUGAAUAAAGAUAGUUUUUAACAGGAAGUUUUUGAGGAAAAAUACUAUCCUUACGAUUCUCAGAAUUAGAGAGACCGGAAACUGUUCAGAUUUUCUUUAUUUGAUUAUCUCCACAGUUCUAUAUAUUAGAAACAAACACUUCUGAUUUUAAUCAGGCUUCUUGUGACUGGAUUUCUUUAUCUACAGGAAAGGAGUAUUUUGAUCUAUAUUUCUCUGGUCAAAAUAUAGCUGCAAUAUUUAACAUCUAUAAAUAAAAACUCAACUAUAUGAUAAAGGAAAUAAAUUUCCAAGCCUAGAGGAGAAGUCAAGGGGAGUGUAUGAUCAUUUGUUGCAGUAAGCUAAUUUUUUAAGUGGUUCCUUUAUGAAAAAAAAAAAAGGUUAUAAACACUAAAGAAUUAAGUUUUCUAUCAGUUAGUUUAAUAGAUUUUUUUUGUCAAAUGGAUUUCCUUUAUAUCAGAUCUUGGCAUAUUACCAUAUACAAGUACAGAGAGAGAGGGUGCUUAUUAGGAAACACACCAUUGUCGAAGGCAUCCUCAGUUCUGUUUUGUUUUACCCUUAAGGCAUAGCAUUCAGCAUUGCUUCUCCUCCUCACUGGAUCUAGCUGAGAUGAAAUGAAUGUAUAGCUUUUCAUAAGACAAAGUAAUGAAGCUGGGAUGAUUUUAAGAGAUCCUUGUUAUAGAAUAUAACUGGGACACAAAUAUACUGCAUAUAUUAUCCUUUAGUGAUUGGUGUAUUCCUAAUUAUACAAAAACAGAAAAGGGGAUGAUACUGGAAAACUGCCAACAACUCUGAUUUCACUUCUAAUUAGAGAAAAGAAACAUAAUCAGAAUUUCUCAUGCUUCAUCCUAUCUGUAAAUUGAUCAUUUGGGCCUGCCAAAGCUGAAGGAAAACACCUGAUUUGGUAUUAAAGAUUGCAUUACUUUUUAAAGACAGCAUUUUAAUACAUUUAAAUUGAGUUGUUACAUAAACUAUGACUUUGUUGAAUUACACUCAGUAUUAAUUAAGUCAGUACUAAUUUGAUCAGAAUAUUAAUUAGGUCAGAAUAUUAAUGUACACCAUCAUCUUUGCUGAAUUAUAAUAUAAAGGUUGACCUGGAAAGGGUCCAAGAGAUCCUCUAGCCCAGUGCUGUUGAGUGCUAUGAAGAACAGGAGUCACCAUGUCCUUUUAGGGGUAGGGAGCAAGGAGAGCAAGGAGUUAAGAGUUUGCAAAGGGAAUCCUCAAAUGCUGAUUAAUUCUCAUGUUCCCUAUGCCCCUACCUUCCUACUUUGAAACUCACCCGACUAAAUGAGCUACUACCUCUGUGACACAUCCUCCACACGGAGGCUGGAAAAAAGAUUGGAAACUUCUGCUCUAACCCACCCCUCUUUUUUAUACAAGAGAGAAACGGCCCCAGAGACAUUAAUGAGUGCCCAGGUGUGCACACCUUGUUAGAGGCAGAACCGGAACUAGAACCCAGGCACCCUGACUUCUAGUUCACAGAAAAGAGUUGAGGGUGGUAAGACAACCCGACAUUUCCAAUGAGUAGGAAAGGGUAUCUUUUCUUGUUUUCAAAAUUGUAAUAGUUUUUUAAGCCCUCAGUCAAGCUGCCAGUUUCCAAGUAGGCUAUUUUUGCAUGUGAAUUCUCACUUUUCAUUUUAUACAGUUACAGCUUGAUUUUAGCAACUUUUUCUUUUUGAAAUUUGAUGGAAUAAUCUCUAAACGUAAAUUUUCUUUUUUUAACGAACAUCUCUCCACUUACCCCAUUCAUAUAUAGUUUUCAUUUACGGAGGGGAAAACUACAGUUUUCAAGUGUAUGAUUUCCAGUUAUAGAUUAUGAACUGCUUAAUCUAUAACUUGCUUAGUGUGGUAAUCAUUUGUAUAUCCAGCUACGUAGUAUUUAUAUCACUAGUUUUGAAUGCAGUCUAUAAUACCCUUUUUUACUCUAUGGAAAGGUUAAAAUAUCAUCUCAAAGGUUUGGGACAUAUAUUCAGUCCAAAGGAUCGAACUUCUAUCAACAUAAUUAGAAUGUUUCUGAAGUGAAUUUAGUUACAGGGAGGAAAAAUGGGAACUAAUGGAAGACCUAUAGCAGGAAGAUGUUGAAAUACGUAUUUGUAAAUUCUCUUAUUCUCCUGCUUGGCCUUCUAAAGAGGAAUUCAAGCAUAAAAAUAAAAAAUUUUCACAAAUUUUUAUUUUAUAAAUUAUAUUUACCAGAUUAUAGCAGGAGAAAAAAGGUGAAAUUCUAGGAUUUUUUUUCUUCAAGUACAGUGGAAUUAUUUGUCUUUUGAAUGCAAUGUUGAAUUUUGCUAGACUUCUGAUGUUCUUUGUAUUACACUGGAAUUAGAGAAUAUUUUUACCAUUCAUUUCAAAGAGCUUUGAAAAUGCUUUGGCACAAUUUAUUUAUUUGUGGUAAGUAGAAUUAGGAAGACAUCAGCAAUAUGGAAUCCUAAAAGUAAUUGUGCAUACUGUAUUUAAGUGAUUUUUAUGCCUAUUUACUUUCGGUAAUUCUUACAUUUUAUAAAUCAAAUACGUUAGUAUACUUUCACUAGAAAUUAAUUUAUAAUUGAUUAUUUAUACUGGAUGAAGUAGCAGGUCCAUUUUAGGAUUAAUCCACUCAGAUUAACUUUAUCUAACUGAAUUUUUAUAUAUACAAUUCAUUAUAUUACAACUUUUUAAAUAACAUUUAUAACAGAACUUCUGUUUUAUAAAGUAUUUGUUACAAAAAAAAACCCAUCUUGCCAAAAACCAUUACAAUUUCUAUGCAUUGUGUAAUAUGCAGUGAUGUCACUGUUGAGAUUUGCAUGUUGUUGUAGGUGCUUUUUCAUAUCUGUGUUUGUGGUGUUUAUGUGGAAUUGUUGACCAUUGCUGCUAUCACUUAUUGUAUUAAACAGAAAAACUGUGCUAAGAGGCUGUGCCAGUCAACAUUUGUAUGUGUGACUUGUAAAAAUAUGUACUUAGUUGUUUAAUAUUUGGAGCCAGCACUUAGUAGCCUCUACAGAAGGAAAUAUUGUAGUCGUCAAGUGAUGCCAACUUCAGAAUCUUGUUUCACAUGUGUAAUUCCAGGUCAGAUGUUCUUCCAGACUUUCCCCAGCUCUUAGAAAGGAAAUGUUUGCAAAAAGAAAAAGCAAGGAUUCUUAACUUUUCCAGUACUCCCCCUACUUCAGAUCCUUUUUUUGUUCUUCUGAUACUUGAACACAUUACAAAGAAAUCCAAUAGAAUGACAGUGUAGCAGCAUAAUUACCUUUAUCUGGUUAUUUCUAUCCAGGUAAAUGAUUUAAUACCGGACUAUGAGGUAGCGACAUUAUUUUUGUUGGUUAUGGCUUAUUGUUUGAAAUGCAUUUGACAAGAAUAUUUAGCUUUUUAAAUGUAUUUAUUAGGGACUGUAGAAACCUCAGAGUUCCCAAGUAUUAACUUCUAUAUUCAGCAUUCACACGGGCUUAUUUAAUGUAUUUAUUUGCCUUAUAACCGUCAGAAUUUUUUCAUGCCCAACUGUCUUUAGUUUGGUUCCUAGUAUUUUCAUCUUGCCUCAGCAAUUACAAACACACUCUGAAAGUAGAGAGAAAAUUAUUUUGGUGAAUAAAUUUUAUAUUUUGUUAAAAUUCCACAUGGGGGAAAUAGCAUUCUACAUUUAUACUCUUAAAAUGGAAGGGAAACUGUCAUGAAAUGUUAAGAAAAGAAGGCUACUUCCUUAAGAGCAUUUUAAUACCAACACACCAAAAUUCCUUGCUUAGUGCAGGGUUUCAUUCUGUCUGUUCAAUGGGUUUCUAAUUAUGAGAUUCCUUUAAUAAAGGGAUAAUCUCCUGAAUUAUAUUGAGGCUUUUUGUGUGACUGUCAGAUACAUGGCGACAGCCAGUACUGUAUUUGGAAACAUUGCUGCUGAAAUUGCUGAUUUAAUUCUAAGAAUAUUAAAACUAAUUCAUCAAGGCCCCUGCCACUUCUUUGCUUCAAGGAAAAGAAAGGCAGAUUUUAAUUGUGAGCCUUUUCUCCAAAAUAUGCUUUAAACAUUUACCCCUCAAUAGAGGUGAUAAAGCAAUAACAGGAAAUUCAAUUAUGUAUGUUCUAAAGAAGUUCCGCCCUUGUCCAGUGGCCUUCAGAGCAACACUAAAGUAUUUCUUGAUUCCUGCAUUGGGGGCUUUCAGGCAAGGCCUUUCUACUUAGAAUCUUUUUUAUAUUUUGGACACCAAAGAUUAUGGCAUGAUAUAUCCGAUGAUUAAUGGUUUCUAUUAGAUAGCUGGGCAUGUUUAUUUGAAUCCUGCUCUUGGAUUUUUUUUUACCCACCUGGGUUUUCUGUACAUUUUAAAUGUCUGUCCUGAGGCCCUUAUGCCCAGGGCUUUUUAAUUAAAUAAUGCAUAUAUAUUUAUUAGGGUUCUAAUUUAUAGAGUAUAUUUCCAUCAUGACUUUGAGCUUUUUUUCACUGUUAAAAUUAGACAUAGAUUUGCCAGAUUAGCCCCAUCGUGAGCAAUAGCAUGUACCUUUUUCAUUGUAAUCUGGAAAUGUAACUGUAACCCAAUAGGCCUGAGACCUGGUAAGGGAAUGACGAAGCAUUUUGGAUUCAACAGAAUCACUUAAAUGACCCUUUUAUCUGUUAAAGUGAAGAACUUUGAUUGUUUAGUAAAAAGAAUGCUAUAUUUGACUUAAAUAAGGUCUUCCAUUUUACAAAUUAUAAGAAUAAUUUUAAGAUUUCUUUUACUCUACCGCUUAGAAGUUAAUUGGGAUUUAAAAGGCAGAUUUGUCAAUUUAUUCAGUAUAGUUUAAUGCCAGGCAUUUUGUUAAAGUAGAAAUAUAACCAUCACAAUUAGUACUUCGAAAAUUUUUAUGAAAAAUGAUACUAUUCUUUUGAGAUGCAUUUACUUUCCCCCCCAUUUGGUAGACUGACAUUUUGGAUAUAUUUUCUGGCCACUUGGCUUUUAACUGAUUUAUGUGAAAAAAGCACAUGUGUGCCUGAUGUUCACUCUAAUCCUAUUUUAAAAUUCUCUUUUUAAACUGCUGCAAUUAAAAUUUGUGAAAGAGGAGAAAGGUGUAUUGAAAUGGAAGGAAAUUUCUGUUAAUAUGUUAAGAUGUGUGACUGUGAUGCUCUUGGCUAAUUAAUCCUCCGCCAGUUGAUAUUUGUAUUAAUAUGGUAGAACUUUUUUGUUAAUAAGAAUAUAAUAUUGGCUUCACUUUUAUUUUUCUGCUCACUGCUUUUCACACUAAGAUGUUUCCAUCUUUUUCAGCUCACUGUUUUUGCUUCAUAUUUGUCUGUGUACUUGUGCUCUAAAUAAAAUUCUAGUUUUAUGUCCCA